AUGUGCCUCUAUUCUGUUCUCCUCUUCGUCCUCAUCGCCGACCUCAUCAUCUUCAUCCUCUGGCCCAGCCUCCACCCCCACCACCCCCGCUUUUAUCUAUCCUUCUCCACUCCCGCUGUCGCACAGCCAUUGGUCGGCCUCCUCAACUCGACCAUCUCCUUCAACGUUACAGACUGCAACUCCAACCGAAAGAUCGGCAUCUACUAUGACGUCGUCUACGACUCGAUCUACUACAAAAACCAGGUGGUUGCAUCCGAUCUGCUCCUGAACCUGUUCUUCCAGCCGCCCAAGAACACGACACUGGUCCCUGAGGACCUCACCGGGACGACGCCGGUGGUGGGGGAUGCACCAGUGGCCUGGAUGUCAAGUGACGCGACGGCUGGCCGGUUCCAAUGCUGGCUCGAGUUGAAAUCUAUCAUCCAGUUCCAGGUUCACUAUGCACUAUUCAAUUAA